AAAACAGAUCUCUUCUCCAUGGUGAUGGAGGCCAAAAGGCCACAGAAGACGGAAUUUUUAAAAUGUCAAAAUAAAUCAGAACAGGAAACAAUAAACAGGAAAGGAGACGUCGCAUCUCCUCAAACUGUUCUGUCAGUUUCACUUAUGUGCUGGACGCAGAAUGAUCUCCCUGGAGUAUUUCAUUCUCCUGAUCUCUGUUAUUAGAACAUGCCAAGGAACAUCCCCACAGCAAGACCAAAAAGCAGGUACUUGUAAAGCACCGCUUCUGAAGAAUGGACGCCAUAUGCCAAAUAAGAUUAUCUUUGAAGUCGGAGAAUGGCUCCAAUAUUAUUGUGAGGAAGGCUACAUGACAGCACAGAGGAAUAUUGUGGAAAAUGUCCGAUGCCUGUCCCCUGGAUGGUCAACAGUGCCUCAGUGUUCCGGAAUCGUCUGCUCUUUCCAACCUAAAACAGGUUCAGAUCAAUUACAAUUGGUUUACUCCGAUGGGCCGGUGGCAAAGUUUUCAUGUAAUGAGGGAUUUACAUUGAAAGGAUCGGCUAUCAGCCAGUGUUACUACUAUGGGUGGGAUCCACCGUUACCUACUUGUCAAGCCUCUGGUGAAAGGACUAAGUGUCCACCUCCUCCGCAGCCGAUGAAUAUACAUGAAAUUAAGCUGAAAAGUGAUUAUUUGAAUGGAGAUAAAGAAGCUCUAAGAUGCAAACCUGGUUUCCAACUUUAUGGUGCUCAAACAAUAACUUGUAAAAAUGGACAAUGGACGUCGCCACCUCAAUGUGUUCGUUCACAUGAAUGCAACGAUCCUCCCUCUGUAUCAUCUGGGACACUGGAUCCAGCAACUAUCAAGCCAAAAUAUCACAGUGGAAGUGUCGUAAAAUAUAAGUGUAACAGAGGUUUCAAAAUGACUGGGCUACAAGAAAUGAUCUGCAUCAAUGGAAACUGGUCUUCACCUCCUGUUUGUAUGAGCGAUGGCUGCAUAUUAUCCAAAGAGGCAAUGUUAGUAAAUGGUAUUAGACUGCAAAACGCCGCUCUUAAAAUAUCAGAAGGAGAAAGUGCGGAAUUUCUUUGCAUUGGCGAUAUGGUUCCAAGUCAGUCGCUUACAGCUGCAUGUAAAGAUGGUAAAAUACAAUACCCCAAAUGCAUCAUCCCAGAUUCGAAAUCAUGUCGUUUGUCAGAAGAUACAAUUACACAGAAUAAUUUAGUGUUAUCUAAGAGUAUACCCAUGACUAAAGUCUAUAACAAUGGUGACCGUAUUCUCACUCGGUGUAAAGCCAACUAUUAUCGUGCAUCCCCAUCUUCUGCAUUGGAAUGUGUAAAUGGAAAGAUGAUCUAUCCAAAAUGUACGCAGGAAAAACCUUGCAGGAUAAACCAAGAGAAAGUAGACGAAAACUUUUUGGAACUCCAUCCAGACCAUGAGAAUAAAGUUUUUUUUGAAAAUGAAGAGGUCAUUCAUUUUACGUGCAAAGCCGGAUACACCACAACAUCUGAUACAACUGGACUCUGUAUUAAAGAAGAUAUUUUAUACCCUUUUUGCCAUGAAAUAUAGUUAAUGAAACUGGAUAAGAAGAUGUUACCCUCUUCAAGCUGUAUUGUAUAUAUCCUGAUCAAAAUACUCCAUAUAUUGAUUAUUAAGAAGUUGUAUCAAUGCCAAGCACUAAAGAAAUCAUUACUUGAGUUUUGGAGUUUGGAUACAACUGGAAUACAAGAAACAGCUCCAAUCUUUACCCAUGCACUCCAGCAACACCUCCGGAUAAAGUCCACUGCGGUAACAAGCAAAGAAAUGUCCAGCACCGGAGUGCACAGUUAAAGGGGUACUCCCCUGGAAAUCAUUUUUUUUUUUCUAAAUCAACUGGU